AUGCGGUCAUCCCCUCUUCUGCUCCUCGCGAGCUUUCUCGGCGUCGCCAGGGCACACGGCGACCACGGCGGCUACGGCAAAAAGCCCGAGGUGCCAGCGGACGCCUCUUGGAUGGUCAAGCACAUGGCGGAGGAGCACCACGCAGACCACUGGGAUGCUGCGUCCUUCUUCACCCUGCACGACUUCAACAGCGACGGCUACCUGGAAGAGUCGGAGCUGCUGCGGACCUACGGCGUCUUUGACGAGUCGAACAAGCACGUCACCAAGGAGCGCAAGGAAGAGAUCACCAAGCAAUUGAUGGACAUGCUGGAUACGGACCACGACGGCUUCGUUUCGCACGGGGAGUUCUUGGACUUUAUCCACCAGGGCAAGACGUUACCUGAUCUGGGAUUGGGGCCGGGACACCACGGUGAUGACGAGUACGAGUAUGAGAUACAUCACUGGGAGAAGUACCAUGACGAGAACACAAAGUUGGAGGACCUCACGCACCCCGAAGAUAUAAAACACUUUGAGCACCACGAAAAGAUGGAACUGGAACAGGAGAAGAUCGACAAGAUGAUGGCGAGCAACGAAAUCAUGCUUGAAAACGUCCCGAGCAAGUUCAGGAGGCAAGGGCGAUGA